GAUGAUGAUGAUGAUGAUGAUGAUGAUGAUGAUCAUGAUGAUGAUACGGAUGAUGAUGAUUCGGAUGAUGGUGUUGAUGAUCAUGCUUCAGAUGAUGAUCGUGAUGACCUUGAAGAUGAUGCUGAUCCGUAUGACGAUGAUGAUGAUUAUGAUGAUGCUAAUGGUGAUGAUGAUGAUGAUGAUUCGGAUGAUGAUGACGAUGACGUUGAUGAUGAUUCGGAUGAUGAUGAUGAUGACGCUGCUGUUGCUGCUGCUGGUGCUGAUGAUGAUUCGGAUGAUGAUGAUGAUGAUGAUGAUGAUGAUGAUGAUGAUGAUGUUGAUGUUUCGCAGGAAGAUGACGAUGAUGAUGAUGCUGAGGAUGACGAUGUUUCGCAUGAUGAUGAUGGUUCCGAUGAUGAUGAUGAUGAUGCUGAUGCAGCUGGUGCUGAUAGUGCUGAUGCUGAUGAUAAUGAUGUUUAUUCGGAUGUACAUGAUGAUGAUGACGAUGAUGAUGAUGAUGAUGAUAUCUCGGAUGAUGGUAGUGAUGAGGAUGAACUUUCGGAUGACGAUGAUGAUUACGAUUCGGAUGAUGAUGAUGAUGAUGAAGAUGUUGAUGAUGAUGGUGAUCCGGAUGUUGAUGAUGAUGAUGACGAUGAUGAUGAUGAUGAUGAUGUUCAUGAUGAUGAUAAUGAUGAUGAUGAUGAUUCGGAUGAUGAUGAUGAUGAUGAUGUUUCGGAUGAUGAUGAUUCGGAUGACGGUGUUGAUGAUCAUGAUUCGAAUAAUGAUGAUGAUCAUGUUGACGAUGAUGCUGAUCCGGAUGACGAUGAUGAUGUUGAUAAUGAUGAUGCUGAUGGUGAUGAUGAAGUUUCUGAGGCUCAUGAUGAUGAUGAUGAUGAUGAUGAUGAUGAUGAUGAUGAUGAUGAUGAUGAUGAUGAUGAUGAUGAGUUUGAUGAUGACGAUUAUGAUGAUGAUGAUGAUGAUGAUGAUGAUGAUGUUGACGUUGACAAUGAUUCGGUAGACGAUGAAGAUGAUACGGAGGGGGAGGAUGAUGUUUCGGAUGAUGAUGAUGAUGAUGAUGAUUAUGAUGAUCAUUCGGAGGAUGAUGAUGAUGAUGAUGAUGAUGAUGAUGAUGAUGUGGAAGAUGAUGGAGAUUCCGAUGAUGAUGAUGAUGAUGUUGAUGAUGAUCCUGAUGAUGAUGGUUCAAAUGACGAUGAUGAUGAUGAUGAUGAUGAUGAUGAUUCCGAGGAUGAUGAUAAUGAUGAUGAUGAUGAAGAUGAUGAUGUUGAUGUUGAUGAUGAUGAUGAUGAUGAUGAAGAUGAUGAUUCGAAUGAUGAUGUUGAUGAUGAUGAUUGGGAUGAUUAUGGUCGUGAUGAUUCGGAUGAUGAUUAUUCGGAUGAUGAAUAUGAUGAUGAUGAUGAUGAUGAUGAUGAUGAUGAUGAAGUUCCGGAUGAUGACGAUGAUGCGGAUGAUGAUGAUGAUGAUUCGGAUGAUUCGGAUGAUGAUGAUUAUGAUGAUGAUGUUGACGAUGAUGGAGAUUCGGAUAAUGAUGAUGAUGAUGUUGAUGAUGAUCCUGUUGAUGAUGGUUCGGUUGACGAUGAUGAUGAUGAUGAUGAUGAUGAUUACGAUGAUGAUCAUAAUGAUGAUGAUGAUGAAGAUGAUGAUGAUGAUGAUGAUGAUGAUGAUGAUGAUGAUUCCGUUGAUGAUGAUAAUGAUGAUGAUGAUGCAGAUGAUGAUGUUGAUGAUGAUGAGGAUGAUGAUGAUGAUGAUGAAGAUGAUGAUUGGAAUGAUGAUGUUGAUAAUGAUGAUUUGGAUGACGAUGAUGAUGAUGUUUCGGAAGAUGAUGAUUCGGAUGAUGGUGUUGAUGAUCAUGAUUCGGCUAAUGAUGAUGACGAUGUUGACGAUGAUGCUAAUCCGGAUGACGAUGAAGAUGAUGAUGAUGAUGAUGCUGAUGUUGAUGGUGAUGUUUAUGAGGCUGAUGAUGAUGAAUCGUAUUCUGAUGAGGAUGAUGAUUAUGACGAUGAUGAUGUUGGCGAUGAUGGAGAGGCGGAUGUUGACGAUAAUGAUUUUGAAGAUGAUGCUGAUGAUGAUGGUUCGGAUGAUUAUGAUGAUGAUGAUGAUGAUGAUGAUGAUGAUGAUGAUGAUGCUGAUGUUGACAAUAAUUCGGUAGACGAUGAUGAUGAUGAGGAGGGGGAGGAUGAUGUUUCGGAUCAUGAUGAUGAUGAUGAUGAUGAUUAUGAUGAUAAUUCAGAGGAUGAUGAUGAUGAUGAUGAUGAUGAUGUUGACGAUGAUGGAGAUUCGGAUAAUGAUGAUGAUGACGUUGAUGAUGUUGAUGAUGAUGAUGAUGAUGAUGAUGAGGAUGAAGACUCGAAUGAUGAUGUUGAUGAUGAUGAUUUGGAAGAUGAUGAUGAUGAUGAUUCGGAUGAUGAUUAUUCGGAUGAUGACUAUGAUGAUGAUGAUGAUGAUGAUGAUGUUUCCGAUGAUGAAGAUGAUGCGGCUGAUGAUGAUGAUGAUGACUCCGAUGAUGGUGAUGAUGAUGACGAUGAUGACGAUGUUGAUGAUGAUGUUGAUGAUGAUGAUGAUGACUUGGAUGAUGAUGAUUCGGAUACUGGUUUUGAUAAUCAUGAUUCGGAUGAUGCUGAUUAUAAUGUUGAAAAUGAUGUUGAUCCGGACGACGAUGAUGAAGAUGAUGAUGAUGAUGCUGAUGGUGAUGAUGAUGUUUCUGAUGCUGAUGAUGAUGAAUCGUAUUAUGAUGAUGAUGAUGAUGACGAUGAUGAUGAUGACGAUGAUGUUUCGGAGGCUGAUGAUGAUGAAUCGUAUUCUGAUGAUGAUGAUGAUGAUGAUGGUGUUUCGGAUGAUCAUAUUGAUGAAGAUGCUGCUGCUGCUGCGGCUGCUGCUGCUGCUGAUGAUGAUUCGGAUGUUGAUAAUCAAGAUGAUGAUGAUGAUGAUGAUUCGGAUGAUGAUGGUGAUGAUGAUGAUGAUGAUGAUGAUGAUGAUGAUGAUGAGUUUGAUGAUGAUGUUAUUGAUGAUGAUGAUGAUGAUGAUGUUUAUGUUGAUGAUGAUUCGGUAGACGAUGAUGAUAAUGAUGAUGCGGAUGAAGAUUCGAUUGACGAUGAUGAUGAUGAUGAUUCGGAUGAUGAUUAUGAUGAUGAUUCGAAUGACGAUGAUGAUGCAGAUGAUGAUGCUUUGGAUGAUGUUGUUGAUGACGAUGAUGAUGAUGAUGAUGAUGAUUGA